AUGGCUAACUUGAUACUCAAAUUCUUGACACUUCUGAUUUUGAUUUAUGCUGGAACUGGAUACUUUGAUCCAGUAAAGGGCAACAACAUAACCUUAGGUUCUAAGCUCUUCCCUCAAAAUAUUUCUUCAUGGCUUUCACCUUCAGGCACUUUUGCAUUUGGUUUCUACAAGAAAGCUGAUGGAUUCGCAGUGGGCAUAUGGCUGCAGACUAAAACUCCUGAUCCAGUCGUUACAUGGACUGCAAAUAGAGACGAUCCACCGAUCCCUUCAGACGCCUAUCUUGAGUUGAGCAGGGAAGGCAGGCUUCUCCUUUGGACCAAACAAAGUGUAGGAGAUAUUCUUUAUAAUCUAACAAAGCCUGCAACUUCAGCUUCUUUGCUUGAUUCAGGUAAUCUUGUAUUCUUCAAUGGAAGUAAUGUUCUGUGGGAAAGCUUUGAUUAUCCAACAGAUACCAUAUUAGGAGGACAGGUUGUGCCAUUGGGAUAUACCUUUUUCUCCAGUGUAUCGGCAACUGAUCAGUCAAGGGGAAGGUUCAUACUUGAGUUCCAGGGUGAUGGAAAUCUUGUGGCCUACCCGGUAAACGUUACAUCGGCAUCUUCUUAUUCUUAUUGGUCUACUAGAACUUUCGGAUGGACUAAUGGCAGGGAGCAACUGGUUCUCACUGAAAGAGGUCAUCUAUACUUGAAUUUAACGUCAAGAAUUAAUGACAGUGUGCAUACUAUAGCACAAAGCUCAUAUAAUCAAAGCCAGCAGAAGACUGUAUACAGGGCAACUUUUGAUAUUGAUGGCAAUUUUAGGCUGUAUUUGCACAUCUUUGAAAGCAGCGGUAAUUCGACCAUGAAAAUCUUGUGGUAUGCAUUACAGAAUCUGUGUGAAGUAAAAGGUCACUGUGGUGUUAACGCCUAUUGCUCAUUUGAUGCCAGCACAGGCAACAAUUGUUUCUGCUUUCCUGGCUUCAUCUACUUUGAACCUGAAAAGAAAUUCUUGGGAUGCUACCGGAACUUCACAUAUGAAAGAUUUUGUGGAAGGAAAGAAACUUCACAGCCUUACAAUUACACAGUGUUAAUGAACAUGAGCAUUGGAGGCUAUUCAUAUGGUAAGAGUCCAGUGGCCCAGGAGGAAUGUGGCCCGUCUUGCAUGAAUGAUUGCAAUUGCUGGGCUGCUCUAUAUAAAAGUGGUGACUGCAAUAAAUACAGGCAUCCAAUCCUCUAUGCAACCCAAGGUAAGAAUCAAUCAGGAAUAGCUUUCAUAAAACAAAGCCAUAAUAGUUCUCAAUCCGCAGAAGCAAAUGCAUUCCUUGAGCAGAGAGCAAAGAAGGUGGGUAAGCGCAAGAGGAAAAUGAUCCUAAUUCUGGCUCCUCCUUUUGGCUUCUUAUCAGUUUUGUUUACACUGCUUGCUGUUUUCAGUUUCUUAUUGUACAGAAAGAGAGCUCUUAGAUAUCAAAGGCUAUUAGAUAUGGAAAAUUUGGGCCUUAAUAAGGAGUUCACUCUUCGAUCAUUUUCCUACAAUGAGCUCGAGAGAGCUACUGAUGGAUUCAAGAGAGAGGUAGGAAGGAAUUCUUAUGGAAAGAUCUAUGAAGGAACCAUAUCUGAAGGUAAUAGAAAAGUUUCGGUAAAAAGGCUGGAAAAAUUUGAUGCUGAACCAGAAGGAGAAUUUACAGCAGAAAUGACUGUCAUGGGACGAAUUCAUCAUAAGAAUGUUGUUCAAUUGGUAGGCUUUUGCAUAGAGGGUGUUAAAAAGCUUCUUGUGUAUGAAUUCAUGACAAACAGAUCGCUCGUGGAUGUGAUCUAUAAGGUUGAUAGAAGGCCAUUCUGGAAGGAAAGAAUGAGACUUGCAGUGGAUAUAGCACAAGGGCUUCGAUAUUUGCACGAAGAUUGUGAUACACGUGUAGUUCAUUGCAACAUAAAGCCAAGAAACAUACUGGUGGAUGACAAUUGGACAGCUAAAAUAUCGAACUUUGGGUCUGCAAAGCUUCUAGCACCUAAUCAAACAGAAAAUAUGGUAAAGGAAAGAGAGGAGAGAGGGUACUCAGCACCAGAAUGGCACAAGACUGCCUCAAUUUCAGAGAAGGUAGAUGUCUAUAGCUAUGGACUUGUGCUGUUGGAGACAAUAUGUUGCACAAGUGAUCUGAUUAUCAAUGUUGAAAGCCCAGAUGAACCCUUUCCUAGUAAGGUGUAUAGGUACUUUAAGACCAAAGAACUGAGAAACCUUAUUGGAGAUGAAGAUGUAGAUAUGGAGUCACUAGAGAGGAUGAUCAAAGUUGGAUUAUGUUGCAUUCAGAAAGAUCCUGAUUUAAGGCCUCCAAUGAAAAAUGUGAUUCUAAUGUUAGAAGGCACCCUGGAUGCACCUAUUCCCUUUCCUCCAACCUUCUCCCAGGCACUUGUUACUCCUACAUAG